AUGCAGAAGCCUCAGCUCUUGGGUCCUAUCAUGGCCACAUCAAAUGUAACUCUGGUCCAUCCAGCCUAUUUCCUGCUGGUGGGCAUUCCUGGCCUGGGUCCUAACAUACACUUUUGGCUGGCCUUCCCACUGUGUUGUAUGUAUGCCUUGGCGACCCUGGGCAACCUGGCCAUUGUCCUCAUCAUCCGUGUGGAAAGGCGCCUGCAUGAGCCCAUGUACCUCUUCCUGGCCAUGCUUUCCACCAUUGACCUGGUGCUCUCCUCUGUCACCAUGCCCAAGAUGGCCAGCCUCUUCCUGACGGGCAUCCAGGAGAUUGAGUUCAACAUCUGUCUGGCCCAGAUGUUCCUUAUCCAUGCUCUGUCAGCCAUGGAGUCCGCCAUCCUGCUGGCCAUGGCAUUUGACCGCUUUGUGGCCAUCUGCCUCCCACUGUGGCAUGCUGCUGUGCUCACAGGGCCCACGGUCGCCAAGAUCGGACUUGCUGCCCUGACCAGAGGGUUUGUAUUCUUUUUCCCUCUGCCCUUCAUCCUGAAGCGGUUGUCGUACUGCCAAAGGCACACUGUCACACACUCCUUUUGUCUGCACCAAGAUAUCAUGAAGCUGUCCUGUACUGACACCACGGUCAACGUGGUGUAUGGACUUUUCAUCAUCCUCUCAGUCAUGGGCGUCGACGCCCUCUUCAUUGGCUUCUCCUAUGUCCUCAUCCUGAGGGCUGUGUUGGAGCUGUCCUCCCGGGGGGCAGCACUCAAAGCUUUCAACACCUGCGUCUCACAUCUGUGUGCUGUGUUGGUUUUCUACGUGCCCCUCAUCGGGCUCUCUGUGGUGCACAGGCUGGGUGGCCCCACCUCCCUGCUCCACGUGAUUAUGGCUAACAUCUAUCUACUGCUACCCCCCGUGAUUAACCCUAUAGUCUAUGGAGCCAAAACCAAGGAGAUUCGUUCACGGGUCCUCCAUGUAUUCUCACAGGAUGGCAGGUGA